AUGAGGGAACGUACCCCGUACAACGUAUACGGGAUGAGGGAACGUACCUCGUACAACGUGUACGGGAUGGGAGAACGAACCCCGUACAACGUGUACGGGAUGGGAGAACGAACCCCGUACAACGUGUACGGGAUGGGAGAACGAACCCCGUACAACGUGUAUGGGAUGCGAGAACGGACCCCGUACAACGUGUACGGGAUGGGAGAACGGACCUCGUACAACGUAUACGGAAUAGGAGAACGGACCCCGUACAACGUGUACGGGAUGGGAGAACGGACCCCGUACAACGUGUACGGGAUGGGUGAGCGAACCCCGUACAACGUGUACGGGAUGGGAGAACGAACCCCGUACAACGUGUACGGGAUGGGAGAACGAACCCCGUACAACGUGUACGGGAUGCGAGAACGAACCCCGUACAACGUGUAUGGGAUGCGAGAACGGACCCCGUACAACGUGUAUGGGAUGGGAGAACGGACCCCGUACAACGUAUACGGAAUGGGAGAACGAACCCCGUACAACGUGUACGGGAUGGGAGAACGAACCCCGUACAACGUAUACGGAAUGGGAGAACGAACCCCGUACAACGUGUACGGGAUGGGAGAACGAACCCCGUACAACGUGUAUGGGAUGGGAGAACGAACCCCGUACAACGUAUACGGAAUGGGAGAACGAACCCCGUACAACGUGUACGGGAUGGGAGAACGAACCCCGUACAACGUGUAUGGGAUGGGAGAACGAACCCCGUACAACGUGUACGGGAUGGGAGAACGAACCCCGUACAACGUGUAUGGGAUGGGAGAACGAACCCCGUACAACGUGUAUGGGAUGGGAGAACGGACCCCGUACAACGUGUACGGGAUGGGAGAACGGACCCCGUACAACGUGUACGGGAUGGGAGAACGAACCCCGUACAACGUGUAUGGGAUGGGAGAACGAACCCCGUACAACGUGUAUGGGAUGGGAGAACGGACCCCGUACAACGUGUAUGGGAUGGGAGAACGAACCCCGUACAACGUGUAUGGGAUGGGAGAACGAACCCCGUACAACGUGUAUGGGAUGCGAGAACGGACCGUGUACAACCUUAUGGAAAUACGGAUGAGAAUACUGAACCCACACACGCAACGUGUCAAUAUUAGUCAGCACUAUUUACUUCUAUUGACGACCUACCUUUAUUUAUAG